AUGGCCCCAUCGGCGGGUCUGAGUAUCGCGUCGGCGAAUGAGUGUGUGGGUUACAAUGCUGAGAUCGGGAUCCUCCAAGACGCGUCUAGUUCCUUUUACGAGUUGAUCGGCGCUAUGGUCACAAGCAUCGACGAGUUCAUGGUGGCUGAGGAUGCGCGUUUUGAUGAGGUGAAGUUUGGGUUGGCGAGCUUCGUGGAUAAACCCGCUCCCUUCCGCGGGGUGGGUGGGGGCCGAGGAGUGCGCGAGUCCUUGGACUAUUGCUACAAGUCGAUCCAGGGCCUCACCACGGAUCAGCCGGCCGUGGUCGAAGGCUACCAAGACCUCCUCCUCUCCGAGGGCUCCGGUGGGGACUACCCUGAGAACCCGUACGAAGCCAUGCUCUACUGUGCCAUCGACCCAAACUUCGGUUUCUCCGACCGAGCGGAUACCACCGGCCGAGCGGAUACCACCGGCCGAGCGGAUACCACCGAUCCAGCAGGAACCGAUCCAGAUACACCAGGCGACGACGCUCCUCUUUUGCCCGACGAUACCUUGCGGAUCCUCAUAGUCGUAGCCGACGACAUCCCUCACGAAAAGGGGGACUUGCAACAAGGUAUGGAUUGGUGGAACGGACCCUUGACCAACAUGCACCCAGUAAAGGUUCUCGUAAAAGGUUCGGACGGUCCAACUCCGGGUCCAGUGCAGAAAAAGCCCACCGAAGGUGAAGAAAAUCCGCAUUUUGGCGACCCGGAGUUUAUCAUCUCGGCUCAGUUUUAUCCGGCAGAUACGGACGCAAUCUAUGGAAGCUAUUUGGUGAACGGUGACAACUAUAACCGGUUGUUGGAGCUAAUUGAGAAAGGGCCGGAUACCUUAGAGGGGAGCGAGUUGGAGGAGUACGCGACAUUGUUGGCAUUGCUAGGUCCAGCUCGAUUUGAGGCGGCGGUAGAGCAUCCAGGAACGAUGGCGGCAGCUUUGGAGUGUGAGUUGUACGAGUACCCAAGUCUGGAACAGGUGGGGACGGCAUUGAACAACAAGGGUAUUAUUCCGUUAUUGGUAUUGGCGGAGCCUGAUUAUGUUAGUGAUUAUUCAGCUGAGUUAUGUAGGGCGCGAGGAUUAGAAGUGUCACCCGCUUCUGAACCUGGCGAGCUAUGGGAUAAGGCAUCCUUCCGUGCAUGUUUGGAGCAAUAUUAUACUUCCGACUUUGAAGCCAUGGGCCUCACGAGCUACAUAAUCGCCAUGUACGACGCCCGAGAUGCUAAAGACGCACCCGCUCUUGUCCAACAGCUCAUCCACACUAUUGAAACACUCUCACGCGACUUACACUGCCAGUCUCCACCCCUGGUCCCAGGCAUUGUAGCCCUUGGUGUCACGUCCGUCGUAGGAUUCACCGCUAUCUGCCUUGCCACCAAAUGGAUCAAACCACGCGACCGACAGCCCAUUCAAGACCACGGCCAGGACCACGACCAGGACGCAAAGAAAGACGACGACGAAAAGAAAGGUGAUGAAAGCGACAGCAGCAACAGCAGCAACAGCAGCGACGAAGCUUCUGAUUGCAGCUGGCAAUGA